AUGGAGAGAGUUGCAUCGCGCUGCGUCAGCCUUCUCGCACAAAGGAGGGGCUACUCCGCGGCCGCGGCCAUGGUGAAGGGAGCUAGGAGGAGCGCCCCCGCCGCCGAGGAGAAGACCGCUGUCGCGGCGAAGAGCGCAAUGGCGGCCAGGAAGGAAGUGGGCGCUAGCGCGGAGAAGGCGGCGUGGGUGCCGGACCCGGUGACCGGGUACUACCGGCCGUCGGGGGCCCCCAAGGAGGUGGACGCGGCCGACUUGCGCGCCAAACUGUGCUGCUAA